AUGGUCCGCGACGAUGAGCCGGACGUCUCUAGUGGGAGGAGAGGCUCCGUCUCUGGCGUGUGCUGUGACUGCGAAUUCAUACUGCCGACUUCUACACCACAGGUGCUGUACCCAGACGUCACGGCGCCGCUAGGUCGCUUUCGGCAGGAGCCUAGCGGGAUGCAGCAAGACAACCGCUGAUUUGGUGAAAGCCGCCCGCUGUCAGAGAGAUCUACGUUUGUGUAACACGAAGCGCAGCGG